GCGAUAGAUCCUUUCAUUGUCAAAAGUAGUAGUUUGUAUCAAUCAGAAAGUUAUGAGCCCGCAUUUGCGUCCUUCGUUCCUUCGACCAAAUCUGGAUGGUUUUGUUGCUUGACGGCCACUGCACUCUCUUUCUCGUUCUUGUUCUCUUUCUCUUUCGUGGUCGUAGCACUCGCUUUCGCUUCACGCCACGUCCACACCGCACAUUGGAACAAGGCUUAGCGGAUCUAUCCGCACAUACAGCGAUUGUAAUAGGGUUGACCCUGCUGCUGAAUAUCAAGCCUCAUUUCCAGCGGUCUCAUAUGGCCAUGUAUGGUAAGUUGUUCGUUUUCCGUUGAUAACAGUACCCGCGUUCGUAUUCAUCUAUUUGGGAUACCAUGUCUAUUAUGAAUAAGUAAACAUCUUAGCCUGAUGAUUAUUGAUCCUUCUACCUCUAGACUCGCCAUAUAAUUACCGUGUACAGUAUUGAUUGUGGUGAUCCAUCGAUCACUGCGUGCGCAUUCGUAUUCAGUUUCUUUACCUUAACCUUUGCUCUAAGCGUACCGUAAGCAGUAAAUGAUCCAUCGUCCAUCGAUCACUGCAAUCGCGUUCGUAUUACCAUCUAGGAGAUCCAUGUUUCAGGAAAUAAGUAACCAUCUUGGCU